CAUAGAUGUCGCGCUGCCUCCCCACGGCGGCCGAAGCAUCAGCCCGGAUUCGAACCGGUGAUGAAUUCUUAAUGUGCUACAUGUAGCCUGUGGUUAGAGAUGCAGUCGGAGCAGCCUCCCACCAGAGAGCCAGUGACAGGGGGCGGAGGGGAUGUCUGCAGCUGUACCGGAGGAGAUGGCCACCAAAAUCAUCUACUUCACCAUUAACGGCAGACCAGAGCAGGCAGAGUUCCCUCUCGACUGCCCCGCACAAGACGUCAAAGACCUGUUCCGCUCUGCUGCAGAGGCUGGCCCCCACGACAUCCUGAAGCUCUACAACCCCAAGGGCAACAUCAUCAACAUCUCCCCCCAGCUAGCCCCCAACACACCCCAGUCCUCCUACAAAUUGGAGGUGGUGGCCGCCGACUGCAACAGUACAGAACUUGCAGUGGCACUCGGAUUUGAUCUGUCAUCCAUGGAGAAAAGGUUACAGAGUCUGGAGAAGAAGAUCUUAAUAGAGGCAGGGGAGACUCCAGCUAUCGUGUACGAGAUGAAGAGACAGGUGGAGUCCUUCAGGGAAAAACUCGAGAGCGUUGAGCACCUGAGUUGGCUAGGCCUGUUUAAAGAGCUUUCUAAUGCGACCCACAAGCCGUCUCCAUUCUACCACAAGAGAACCCUUCGCAAGACCCGAGAGGAGUGUGAGCACGUCAGGGACAAGUUCCUCCAAAUGAGUUCAUUAGAAGUCUCUGAUGAGGUGAGGCAGUAUCUGAAGACUCCCACCUUUGAUAAUUGGCAGUGGGAGGAUGCAGAGAUCAUGGUGCUGCUGCAGGUGAUGUACGUGGACUUGGACUUCAUCUCCACCUUCAACAUCGAGCUGGAGGUGCUGCAGCAGUUCCUCUACGAGGUCUACCGGCGCUACAACAACAUCCCCUUCCACAACUUCAAACACUGCUUCUGCGUCACACAGAUGAUGUAUGGACUGAUAUGGUUGACAGACCUUAGGAGUACGAUGGACAGCAUUGACCUCCUGACCUUACUGACCUCGGCUGUCUGUCACGACCUUGACCACACUGGGUACAACAACGCCUACCAGAUUAACGCGCGUACAGAACUCGCUCUGCGUUAUAAUGACAUAUCGCCUCUGGAGAACCACCACUGUGCCGUUGCCUUUGAGAUCCUGGAAAAGAAUGAAAGCAACAUCUUCCGAAACCUGUCAACAGAUCAGUACAAAAGAAUACGAGAAGGAAUCAUCAGGUGCAUCCUGGCCACAGACAUGACCAGACACAAUGAGAUCCUGAACAAGUUCAAGUCCCUCCUGACUGUGUUUGACUUCAGCAGCAAGGACCACAGAGACGUGCUGAUGAUGAUCCUGAUCAAGGUGAGUGACAUCUCCAACGAGGCCAGGCCCAUGGACGUGGCAGAACCCUGGCUGGACUGCCUGCUGCAGGAGUUCUUUAAUCAGAGUGACAUGGAGAAACUUGAGGGCCUGCCUGUUUCUCCGUUCAUGGACCGAGACAAAGUGACCAAGCCCUCAUCCCAGACUGGCUUCAUCCGGUUUGUCCUGCUGCCACUCUUCAUGGAGCUGGCCAACCUCUUCCCAUGCCUGGAGCUCCAUAUCAUCGACCCUGUGCGGAAGGCCUUGAACUAUUACACAGAAAUGGAGAAAGCCCUGGAGAGGGAGAAACUGAACCGGGCCCAGAGCGACAAGACAGGGAAGUCCAAAGAGGCCUCGGCCUCCGGAUCAAAGGAACCAGACCCACCGGAUGAGGCUGAGUCCAGCCUGAAACCCACCGCAGUGUGACCUGAACACCAGUAGGGGGCUCUCCUCUCCACUCACAGAGAUACCAGGCUGUUCACAGACAUGUAUAGAGUAUACUAUCUGAAAUAAUCAGUGCAAUAAAUUGAUAAUGGUUUGUUUCACAAGACAGGGAGGAAACAAAACAAUGAACAAGGAUAUGGUGCCUAGCCUGACACAGAUUUAUUCUACAUUUCUAGUUAUUUGCUUGUCAUAUUCUUCAUAUACUGUAUACUAUUCCCUUUUAUCCACAUUCAGACACACAACACACUACAGAAACAUACAGUUUAAUGCAUGAUGUUAGGAUUCCUACAGCCAUGGGCCUGCCCUGAGCUGUAGCCAGUACAGCAGAGAAAUAUUAUUGCAACUGCAACAUCUACUUAGUCAGCAACUCUGAGCUACUAAACAAACAAACAUACAAAUGUAUUGUAAUUAGGAUUAAUUACCACCACUAAUGAAUAUGAAUACAUGAGAUUUUUAAAAAGACUGUUACUUGCAUGCUGUGUUCUAUCAUGCUCUUUACCCUGUUGGCUAUACUGUGUUUGGUUCAAUAAAGUAC